CGGAUGUGGGCGGGGCCACGCGGCCCUCCCCGCCUGCGCGCGGGACGGGCUGGUUUCGGCGGCAGGGCGGGGUUUGUUUUGAGAGCGGACCGGAGAGAGAAGACUCACCAGGGAAGAUGGCGACCGCAGGGUCCGCCGAACGGCCUGGUAGACCGGCCAGCACCGCCGGCGGCAGGUACCGGUCCGGGCCCGGAGCUGGGCGCGGCUCCGGGUCCAGCCCGCCGGAAGAAGCGGCGAAGAAGUGCUCGGCGUGCGCGGAGGGGCAGCCCGGCGGCAGCCCGCCCUGCGGACACCCGGCCUGCCCGCUCCGCCUCACCGACGGACACUCCGGCAGCGAAGAGCGGCUCCGCAGGAGGAGCGACCCCGAGAGGAGCAGCAGCAGGCCCGGCAGGAGGGACUGCGACAGCCGGAGAGGUCGGUGUGUUUACCGGGGAAACUACAGCUCACGAUCCGCCGUAUCAGCACCGCCGCCGGCUGUCUGCUUUACAAACCAGCCGCAAGAAAAGCCCAGACACCAGCAGAGCUCAGAGUUCUUCGUCUCUCCCGCUCUCGUCCCGAAGUGUUCGGACGCCUCAUCGGGAGCGACCGGCAAACACAAGCUGCUGCCGUCGGAGGACCGAGAGGAGGCGAAGAGGAGGAACGCUCUGACCUGCAAAGACGAGUCGGUCCGACGUGCCGAAGAGCCCGGAGUUCUGUCCGACUCGGAGAACGAGGAGCCGAUCAGCAGGAGGAUCAGAAACAUCUCGGCCUUCAUCAGGAAAACCAAAAACUGCGCCGCCUUCGCUGGUGGUUCCCAGAGGAGUCAGAGCUGCACCGACUCGGUGGAGGACAGAGGAGGGAAGCCGAAGGUCGCCGCCCAGCCGGCCCUGAUGGACAGAGUUGGUAUCAGUCACAGCUACACAGCAGGGAUCCUCCUCUCCUCUGAGAACAGUCGCUCGGUCUCGGCCCCCAUCACCGCCCCGGACCGGAGGCUCACCUGGCGAGCCGUCGUCUCCUCGUCGUCGACUCCUCUGGGCCUCGCUCCGCCCCGACCCGAGCGCUCCAUCAGCCCCGAGAGCAACGACAGCAUCUCCGAAGAGCUCAACCACUUCAAACCCAUCGUCUGCUCGCCGUGCACUCCGCCCAAACGCCUGCCGGACGGCCGUCUGAUGGAGCCCACCAUCGUGAAGUCCACGCCCAGGAAUCUGACCCGCGGCCUGCAGAAGGCCACCAGCUACGAGGCCAGUCCUGCCGUCCUGCAGAAGUGGAGGCAGAUCGAACUCGACCGCCAGAGCCUCAAAGUGAACUCCAAGGCUACACUAACGAGCCCCGUCAACGAGCUCCACAACAAGACCGGCGUGGGCGACGACGGCGGGGGGGGCGCCGCCGCCGCAAAGACGCAUCGGGACGGAGAUGGAGUUGUGGCCGUCAACAAGAGGAGGCUGCUGUUCGACCCUCCAGCCGCAGACACGGACGCCUUCCAGAAACAGUCUGUGAAGAUCCGGGUCCCUGCGAUCCGCUACAGCAGCGAGGCGGCUUUCAGAGGAAGCUCAGACUUUGAGUCGACAGUCGGCACUCCUGAAUCCUGCAGCGGAGGAGCGCUUUUCAGUCGAAAACAGUCGUUCUCGCCGUACACUAAGAACUCUGGUUUCCAGUCGUGUAAAUUAGUGCCAAAGGACUCGCAGAGUCCAAAGAAGGAGUCCGACAGUAGCCUCCACAACCAGUCUACCUCAAGGAGGGGCAAGAAGAGGGAACAGAAGACCAAACACCUGGACUCAGACCGGGACUCGGACCUAAAGAGGAGCCGGUCGGUCAGCCAGGAGGCCUUCGACGAGCGGUACAUCCGUCAGAUCCAGCAGGAGCGUCGGGACCGAGCGCUCGCCCUGAAGCUGCAGAGACAGUUCGACCUGGAGAACCAGACCGUCAACCGCAGGAGGAGCCCCGACGCGUACUUCCUGCGGUCCUGGAUGUCCAAUCAGAACCGCCGGAGGCGCGGCCUGAGGAGAUCCCGACGAAUCAACAAGAAGCACUAGAGAGGAGUCUUCUGCCGACUCGGCACAAAGACGGACAGGAAGAGGUUCAUAUAUGCAAAGAGACGAAGGGUUAAUGAAUGUUUUUACACAGAAAAACACUUCUUCCAAACAUUCGUCUGAUUUUCACAUCUUUUCACCAGCAAACCACCAAAACCAACGCAGCCAGUGAAGUCGUCGCGUCAACGGAGGACAACAGACGGAUGUUUGACUUUGCUUUCAUUUCAGAUCAUUCGUCAUCAAAUCAAAGCCAUAAAUGCUGAAUAAAUCGACAUAAAAAGGGCGAAAACUUGGCCGGAUGAACGCGCUGGAGGCCAUCGGAGCUGCGCUGCAGGUUUUCUGUUCGUCGCUUCGAUUGUGUUAAUUCAUUAAUUGUUAAAAAUUAAAGCUCUUCAAACUAGAUUCGGACUGUGGGACGUUUUGAAGCAGCAGUUAUGGAGGACAGACAGAGUAACAGAUUUCACGAGCUGCUGGACGUUGAAAGGUGGCGAUGACCAACUUGAAUUAAAGAUCGCUGUUGUUGGGGGGCUUCGGGGGCCGCCGGAGGUCUGGGGCUUCGGGGGCCGCCGGAGGUCUGGGGCUUCGGGCGGCGCCGGAGGUCUGGGGCUUUGGGGGCCGCCGGAGGUCUGGGGCUUCGGGCGCCGCCGGAGGUCUGGGGCUUCGGGCGCCGCCGGAGGUCUGGGGCUUCGGGGCCGCCGGAGGUCUGGGGCUUCGGGCGCCGCCGGAGGUCUGGGUAAUUUAGCUUUGCACAAGAGGAGAAGGAGGAAACCCUCCCCAGCAUGUCAGAGACGUCAUCCUGUGCUUUAUUUCUAACAGUGACAGACUGUCGGAGCUGCAGGACUCUGUCGAACCCGCCAACUGGUCCAGUUCUCCUCCGAUGAGGCCUUCUGCUGCUCGUCUGCUCCCAGCGUGGUUACUGGUCUGUCAGACCCUCUUUGGGCAUCGAGCUCUGGAAGGACUCUUCUCCGUGAGCGGCGAGGCUCAUGGGUACUGGAGUCUUUAGAGCCGUCCCGCAGACUUUCUACCUGAAGACCAGAACAGACCUGCACAGCCUGGAUCAGGGGGCUCUGUGGCCCGCCUCGCUACUCGCCAGGGGAGGAAAGUCGUGUGAUUGGACGAGUUUUAUUGAUGUUUGGAGUCCAGUUUUUUAAAAACCGCAGCUUUCAGGAAGGAAACACGGUUGUGCCUGUAGGAGAAGCACGAGUCGGUGUUUCUUCAGUCGCAGUUUUAACCUGGAAAGUUCUGGAUCAGGACCUCCAGGAUGAAAACAAUCGUCAGUUGCUAAACUAUAGAAAUGUCAAACAGUUUGAGACGAGAAACAAAAAUGUAAAAGUAAAAGCAAUGCGACAGAUAAAAGACAAUAACAAAUAAAACAGACACGAGGAAACAUGAAUAAUGGCGGAAGAGGUCCGGGGCUCCUAAACACCUGUGAGGCUCAGUAACGGUACUUCCACCUGUCCGAGACCCGAGGGUCUGCGGCCUGAGAGUAGAGAGCCGUCGCUGCGCUACAAUUAUGAAAAGUUGAUUUUAAAGUAGAAAAUCCACCGGUGGAUUUAUUUCAUUUUAUAAGAGAAAAGAAAAGUUUUCGGCUUCGGACUGUUUUUCAUUCCCCCGAGCAACAAGAGAAGAAACUACAGACGCCGUGAAAGACUAGAGUCCAGGGUUUCCCCCCCGAAGCGUCCAAGGAAACUCGCGUUGUUUCCCGUUCACGUGAGUUCGGCUUCACUCCGACUGUAAAUCAUUCACUUGACAUUCCUGCAGAUUGCGUUCCGGUUUGCAGAUGGAUUUCCUUCCCGGCAGCUGCUGUUUCCGCUUCAGUUGUGUGAACGUUUGUUCCCGUCAGUUAUUUAACCAUCGCGUCGUGAAGCGUCAGGACGCGUUCGGCGGCCAUGUUCCAGUGAGACGGCGCUCUGAAGGGCUUUUUUUUUUUUUUUUUACUGACGCCACACGAGCUUUACUCGCUGCAACACUGAUAUGCACAUUUUAUAAAGUUGUACUGAAGCUUUCAUCCUUCGGGUGGGGGGGUGCUGAGUGCCAAAUGAUCAGACUGUCUGAUGUUCAUAGUUUCUACUUUAGUGGUUUUGUAUGAGGAGAUCUGCUGAAACCAAGAACAACCUGAAACACCUGAGAGACUCUCA